CUGAUAUUUCGUUUUCUGUUCGGGACCAACGUGUUUUUCUUUGUUCAACAGGUGGUUUAUUUUUAUUUUAAAACAGGUUUUGGAUUCCAUAAAAGAAAAUUAUGGACGAGACGAUUUUGGUGGCGAAAUACGCCAAUAUCGAGUACGACCAGGCGAAAACUGUCAUAGAACAGUUUGAAGAAGAUGCUACGAUACCCUUUCUAGCAAGGUACAGAAAACAUUUGAUAGGUGACCUGACUGCUGAGGAUCUGCGCUUUAUCAAGCAGAUGUACCAGUUCGCCAAGUCGAUCAAGGCGAAAGCUGAGAGUAUCAAAAAGAAGAUCGAUGCGAAAGGCGAACUGACGGAUGAACUUCGGAACUGCAUCGAUCACGCCCAAUCCCUUCCGGAACUGGAAGAUAUCUUCGCCCCGUACAAAAGCAAGAAAAAGUCCAAGACGACGUUGCUUAAAGAAGUCGGGUUUGACACGGUCGCAAGAAAGCUCCUCUCCGGUGAAGGGGUCGUCGAACCGAAAUCUCUCGUCGACAAGAAAAACGAGCUUUUAAAAAGUCCAAAGUCUGUUGACGACAUGCUUGUAGAAAUGAUUUCAGAAAUUUUAUCCGGCGAUACGGAACUGGAAAAUCUAGUUUCCCAGCUUACGAUGAAAGAGAGGAUCUUGCUCGAGUGCAAGCAGGCGAAAGAGAAAACUGCAAAAGAAGACAAGCCGAUCAAAACCGAAUCUGAUAAACCAAACAAAACCGAUUCGAAAAAAUCUUUCGAAGAGAAAUUCGAGAACUACUAUGAAUUUUCUAAUUACUACAAGUUUGUAAAGCCGCAUCAGAUCUUGGCCAUCAACCGUGGUGAGAAGAGAAAACAGCUUUCAGUCAGACUAACAGUUCCGGAUAGUUUCAACAGAUCCGUCGAAAAUUUCCUCAGGAAGAAGUGGUCAAUCCGAGGCACCCAGUAUCCAUACCGUACCAAAAUUAUAGAACUGUCCAUUAAAGCUUUGCUCUCUAAGAGGAUCCUGCCAAAGGUGAAGAAAAGGAUACGAGUCGAUAUGACGAGACAUGGCGAAAGGGUCGCGCUCGAUGUAUUCAGUUCGAAUCUGAAAUGGCUUCUUCUAACACGGCCAGUGCGCCCCCAUGAUAAAUACGUCGUCCUCGGUAUCGAUCCGGGUUUUAAAAAUGGAUGUAAAAUCGCAGUGGUCAACGUUCGACAUGAGAUACUUGAAUUGGAUGUUUUCAACUUGGACAAUUACAACAAAUUUAAAAGUUCGCUCAAGGACUUGAUUCUCAAGCAUAACGUAAACACGGUAGCUAUAGGAAACGGGCAGGGUUGUCGUCAAGUAGAAAUGCUAGUCAGUAAAUUGAUCAAACAGGAAAAGCUAAACAUCAAAUACGUCAUAGUACCUGAGCAAGGUGUGUCGAUUUAUAGUUGUAGUAAAGAAGCAGUUGAAGAGUAUGAAGGCAUGAAACCGAAUUUCAUCAGUGCAGUGUCUUUGGUUAAGAGACAUCUCGACCCUCUAAGUGAAUUUGUCAAAGUUGAGCCCAAGCAUCUAGGCGUUGGUAUGUAUCAACACGACAUCGACACGAAAAAAUUAGACGAAGAGCUUGGAGAAGUGAUAUCAGAAUGUGUCAGCGAUGUUGGCGUCGAUGUAAAUACAGCACCUAUCCAGCUUUUAAAACGUAUAGCUGGCCUUACAGAAACCCGGGCGAAAAAGCUCAUCGAGACCAGAGAGAAGAACGGCGGUUUCACUUCUCGCAAACAGUUGAUGGACAUUAAAGGAAUCGGGCCUAAAACAUUUCAGCAAUGCGCAGGUUUUAUCAAAAUUGUCCCUGAAACCAGCUUGACGGCUACGAGCUCGAAGAAAGCAAAGAAGAUGCGACCUGAUUUUAAUCUACUAGAUCAGACGAUCAUCCAUCCUGAUGAUUAUGACAAAGCAGAAUCUAUAAUGAAUAUGGCAGGCGUAUGUAUUGAAGAUAUAGGCACACCUGAAUUCAUACAGAAAAUACAAUCUUUUUCGAAGAGACAGCACAUCGAAAACAUCGGUGAAAAACUCAAGACUCAUUCUUCGACUGUUAAACUGAUUUAUGAUGCUCUCUCGAAACCCUUGGAUUUUGACAUCAGGAGCAAAUCGGACGCUCCUUUAUUCAAAACUGAAAUCAAAUCCAUCGAUGAUUUAAUAAUCGGAUCUGUUGUUACUGGGCGGGUUGAAAAUGUUACACCGUUUGGUUCAUUCGUUGACAUCGGUGUGGGAAAAUCAGCUCUGAUUCCGGAAUCAGCUUCGAACCGUGUCAAACUGCACCUCGGGCAGAAGGUCUCUGUCAAAAUAAUAAAUAAACGAGGGGAGAAAAUUUCUUUGCUCCUUUUAAAUGUUAUUUCUGAUUCAUAAUUAAUUUUGUGAUAUUUUUUGUCUAGUAUUUAUUUAUUUUAAUUUAAAUGCCUUAGUCACAAACUGCUCUUUUUGUUAAAGUAAUGUGAUAUACUUUAUUAAUUAUAAACAAUGCAAAGCCAAAAAAAUAUUUUUUUUCUUUUUUUUUGUUAUAUAAAAAUUGACUAAUUAUAUUAAUAUUAACAAAAUAUUAAGUAUUUUGCCGUUGAAAAUUCUCAAAUGUUCAGUUUUACUACUUUAUUCACAACUUGUAUUUUGU